AUUUGCAAUCACUUGCGUCAUUGUGGUGCAUCGUCCACUUGACUGGCGAAUCACGUGACCGCGGAGAAAGAAGCAAGGGAAACCCCGCCGAGCUGAACCGAGCCGACUAGUCGUCUGUCAUGGCUGGUAUCAAAGAGCUGGUCGGCUUGUCUUUUGGUUGCGCCAUUGGGCUGACGUUUCUGUUUCUGGGUUGUGCAGUGCAAGAAUAUGGAGUUUACUACCCAAUGUUUGCACUUUUUUUGUACAUCCUGAGUCCGGUCCCGCUUGUUUUGGUCAACCGGGUCAGUGACGAGUCGGAGCCCGCCAACGCGUGCAGAGAUCUGGCCUAUUUCUUAACCACCGGAAUCGUCAUGUCGGCUUACGGCUUCCACCUUGUCCUCGCUCACAGCGGCACGGUGGAGUGGGUUGCCUGCAGCCUGGCGCUGAUAGGGGACACCAUUAUCUUCUUCACAAUCCUCGGCUUUUACAAGGUGUUUGGAAGUAGUGAAGACUUCAAUUGGGAACAGUGGUAAGGUGGAGUUUUUGUCGUCAGGGUCUGUUCCGGAAGUGAUUUUCCUCGCUACGGAUGACGCCCAUUGACUCGUGUGCCACUUGAAAGUUCGGGGAACACAACAGUAUUUACAGGGCGACCCAAAAUGAAAUUGUUCUCGACAAUGGUAGUCAACAUUUGAUUCAAAAGGCAGCUUUUUCUUCCCAGACCAGUCAUUAAAGUCUUGAAUUGCUACCCGGAAAAGAUCAGAGCAUGUAUGUGGAGUUUGUCACGUGACGUAUCUCGGUGAAUUCUUACACACUCAUCAAAGUGUUUUAUAAGCUCUUGACUGAAUUUUGUCUUCUGAUUAAAAUUGUAUUUUGA